CCUUAUUAUUAUACACAAAAUUUCUUCUUAUUUUCUAUUCUAAAUUUUAUUAUUUUAAAAUUUAUUAUCUAAUAACUAAUAUUUUAAUUAAUGUAAUUUAUUCAACUAUUUUAAUGGAUCACACUUACACAUACACCUACUUCUUGAUUACUUAAUUUUAUGAAAAAGAGGAAGUUACUACUUCAUAGACAUUUGAUUGAUUGUUUAGAUUACAAAGUUGAUUCGGAAUCCAAAAACACAUCUCUAUCAAAUGUCAUUAAAACCACCAAAAAUGUACUAUUAUCUCAAGAUUUUCCUCGAAAGAACCAGAAGAACCAGAACAACAACGUUUUAAAGUCUAUUAUAACCUCCCACAAGGAGGUUCAGAACCCUUUAUCCAAGAUUUUAUUUAAUGAUGACAAAUACCAGUUAAUGAAGUUGUUCUACGACUCCUUCAGAGACAAAUUGGAUGGGAAGGAGACUUUCGGCUACAUUUCAAUGAAAAAUGCAGUAAAUUUAGAAAACCACAAGGAACUUUUUAAACAAACUCUUGACUCUGAUUUCCAUAUUUUUAACUCUGAUCAGGUCAGGUUUUCAACCAAUGUUUUGGUGUUCAGAGGCGCUGCCAACCACAAAAAUUACAAUUUAUUAUUAAAUAAGAAGAAAAUUCGGUGGUUUUUGGCGAACUGUAACUCUGGAAACGCUGGAUUUUCAAAGCGGCUUUCUCAACUUAUAGAAUAUGACGACAUGGACUCUUUGAUUGAUGAACAUAUAUCGUUUCUACUACUCCAGCCCAUGUUUCUGGUCAACGACGUUUUAAUCACCAAAUCAUUUCUAAUUAUUUACUAAUUUUAAUACUCUAUG